AUGGCGGACGCUAUCGACCAGCAGCAGUGGAGCAUUAUCCUCGGCGCAGACCUUCUCCAAAAGCCAGACACCGGCGCCGCAGCCACCACCACCACAACGGCAUCAGACGACACCAACAACAGCACCUUGACACAAUGGCUCCUCGCUGGCGAGUACGGCCCUGCCCUCAAGUCCACCGUCGCCUCUGAUAUCUUUGGCACCCAAUUGGCCGAGUCCGACCCUGAAGUCCUCGCCCUCGACUCAUCCCUCGACCUCUCCGCCUUCCUUUCAAAGCGCAUCCAAUCCUACCUCGCGACCACCCCAACAGCAUCCUCUUCCACCUCCUCGGCCGCAUUGGACGUUCUCGCGGUCGGAAUUGCUUCUCUUUACGCAUUUGUCCAGGCUGGAUGGACUGGACCCGAGUUGGGAUUCGAACCCAUCGACCUCUUGCCCGCACACGUCAGAACAAAGUCUAAGGAUUUGGACAAGCAGGCGCUCGACAAACUCUCCGUCGGAGGAGAGGAACUUUAUCACCUCUCGCCCCAGAUUCUGUUCUUGCACUUUGCCAGGAUUCUUUUGGUCGACCAUCUUGAGGAAUUGAAGAAGGAUGCUUUGGUCGGAAAGUCGGCCCCCUGGUGGGCACUCCGCACAUUGUUCUUGCAGCAGCGUACAUUGGAGGGCCCCACGGGUCUGUUGCAGGAGCAGAUGGUUGCUUUGUUGGACGAACUCGAGGCUGUUUUGAACAAGGAGGUUGAGCGUGAGCAGGGAUCAUUGGAGGCCAUUGACAAGAAGGAGGUGUUGACUCGCUUCUGGAUUGAAAAGGGACUAGUGAUGCACUGGUAUACCGAAGACACCAAGGCUUACGAGGCCUUCCAAAAGGCGCAGUCGACGUCAGGAUUCCGAUUCAAGGUGACAGGAGCAUUGGGCAAGCGCACAAAGUUCCAAACAUACGACACCUCGCAGCUGGUGGUCGUUGCCGAGAGCAGUCGCGAGAUGGCCAGCUCCCGGCCCUCGGCCUACAAGUCCAAGGCAGGAUCGGGACCCAAGAACCUCGAGCACAACGACGACACUGUUCUGGAAAAGAUUCAAUUCAGUGAGCUCUCAGAGGAGGACCGUGCACGCCUGGGAGAAUUGGACUUGGACCCCUCCAAGGAAAUCGAGGACCUCAACCCUAUCGACCACGCCCUCUUGCUCGCCUUCUGCCUCAACAUCAAGAACACUAACCCCGCCCAUGGACUCACCGUCGAGCAGAUGUUCCCCUUUGUCACCCGUGUACUCGAGACCCCCAACAACUGGACAGUCUAUACCAUGGCCCUUUUGCUCCGAUCCCGUCUCGAGGCCGACAAGUCCCGCACGGUCGAGCGUGGUGCUCUGCAGUUGCAGGCCUUGGUUGACCAGACAAGGAUCCACGAUGAGACCUCGACGACGCGCGAGCGCAUGCACCACUUUUUCUCGAUCUCCUUGCCAUCCAAGUGGGAGCUGGAGAAGGAGCUGGCGGAGCAGUACAUGUCCUUAGGUGUUAUCCGGUCGGCAAUGGAUAUCUUCGAGCGUCUCGAGUUGUGGGAGGACGUGAUUGCUUGCCACCAGUUCCUGGAUCAGGCCGAAAAGGCCAAGGUUCUGUGCCGCACCCUCCUUGAGAAGAGCCCCAACAACCCCAAGCUCCUCUGCAUUCUCGGCGACUUGGAUCAAGAUCCUGAAAAGUACAAGGAGGCCUGGGAGGCUUCUGGCCAGCGUUUCGCUCGUGCCCAGCGAUCCUUGGGUGCCUACUACUUCAAGCGUGAACAGUUCCAGGAGGCCAUGGGUUGCUACCAGCUCGCCCUCAAGAUCAACCCUCUGUUUGAGAACUCGUGGUACGUCCUUGGAUGCAUUGGAAUGCAGCUCGAGGACUAUGACGUCGCCAUCGAGGCUUUUACUAAAGUCGUCUCAAUCGACCAGUCGAACGGCGAGGCCUGGAACAACAUUGCUGCCGUCCACAUGCGCCGCAAGAACAACCUUGAUGCCCAACACGCCCUCCGCCAGGCCCUCAAGGAGAAGCGCGAGUCGUGGAAGAUCUGGUCCAACUACAUGUACUGCUCGAUGGACGUGGGCGAUUUCACAGAGGCCAUUCGUGCCUUGGGUAUGCUUGUCGAACUGAGAUGGAAGGCCAAGAAGGAUGAUACCACCGAGGAGAUUGUCGACAUUGUGAUCCUCGACAGGAUUGUCCAGGGCCUCACCCGCGACCUCAAGGACCUCUACUCGCGCAGCGUGGCCUUCCAAGAACAGAGGAUCGAGGAACUUUUGCUCGGCAUCACUAACCGUAUCACGACUGACCCCCGGAUCUGGCGGAUCUGCGUCAAGUUCUACUUCUGGAAGAAGGACUUUGUCGAGUGUCUCGAGUGCCAGCUCAAGGCCUACCGGUCCGUCAUCCAUAACCCCAAGAUCGAGACCGACCAAGCUGAGUUUGAAAAGGCGGUCGAGGCGGCGAUCGAGACGGUCGACUGGUACCGGAACCUGGGCCCCAUGACCUACAAUGACGCGCAAGGACAACAGCACGCCGUCGCCAAGGAUUGGGCCUACCGCUCCAAGCAGAUGAUCAAGAGUCUGAUGGCAAGAACUAGAGAUUCCUGGGAGCACCUUCCUGCCUUUGAGAAAUUGCAGGAUACCAUGGAGGAACUCAAGUCUGAAAAGUAG